CUCGUAGCGAGUCUCGGGCGUUUAUUUGCUUGCUUUUCGCUAACUGGUCUGUCUGCUAUCCGCUGCCAUUUGGAAAUCUUAUCGCCAGUUUUACUUGUAGAUAAGCGAGAGAAAUUAAUAUUCUCGUUGUCUGACCGAGAGGACCAACGGACCCUGCAGAACAGGUCCUGUAGAGGAGAAAUAAUUCUGACCAGGACUCAAGCGCCCUGAGGCUCUUUGCGACAUGCUCAAUCUGGUUUUCGUGACGGGAAACCGACAUAAAGUCUCCGAGGUGAAGGCCAUCUUGGGCGACACUGUGGACUUGCAAGCGGUGGCUCUGGACUUGCCUGAGAUUCAGGGGACGCUGGAGGAAAUUACACUUGAAAAAUGUCGACGGGCUGCUGAAAUGACUGGCGGUCCUGUGUUGGUAGAAGAUUCCGCGCUGGAAAUGCAUGCGCUUAACGGUCUUCCAGGGCCUUACGUCAAAGCAUUUGUAGACACAGUCGGAAACAAAGGUCUGAUUAACCUGCUUGUGCCGCACGAGAAUAAAACUGCCGAAGCGGUGUGUACGCUUGGCUAUUCCUCCGGACCUGGGGCCGAGCCGAUUAUCUUUCAAGGAAAGUUAGUGGGCCAAAUAGUUCCAGCCAGGGGCGUAUCUUCUUUUGGAUGGGAACCAAUUUUCGAAUUUGAUGGAGAGACGUUGGCGGAAAUGAGCCGUGAGAAAAAGUUUGGACUGUCUCAUCGAUACAAGGCAGUAGUAAAGUUCAGAAAAUGGCUUGAAUUUCAAUGAUAUGAUUUUACGUUCGAAGGAUCUGGUUAUAGAGUAGACAUGGACGGGUGUUUUGAGAUGUUUCAGCAUAGAGAUAUAUAGAGACGAUUGUAUAGAUAUUAGUAAUUGUUUGGUAGUUGCCAAGAAUAAAUAGGUGUAUCAAGUAG